CCCACCCGCAGAUGCACCGAGCAACACGGAACUGUUUACAGCCCAUCUGCCCUGCGUACACCGCGGAUCCACUCUGUACGACCGGGACAGCACUAUAUCGGACUAACAAGGGUUUCGAAAGUCUUUUACGAUGUACCGCUUGCGGGCGUUGUCAGCGGCGUCGUUUGGCCUGGCACAGCUGUCCCGGCGUUAUCACAGCGGGGCAGGCCGGGGGGUGGGGAGGCGCAAGCUAAUGCUGGCGGCUCUGGCAGGAGUCACUGGAGCCUCUGUCAGUGCAGGACUUAUGUGGAAAAGGGCUUAUGCAGAUGCUGGGCCCUCAGUCCAACACACAGAGCCACAGAGGAAAGAGGAAGCCGACUUUGUGAAUGAAGCACAGUCUGUGGCAGAGUCAGAUCAGUCUGUGGAGGCCAGCUCUGGAGAUGAGGAGUCAAAGGAGGAGGGCGAAGGAGGGAGAAAGAAAAAACAGCGCUCAGGAUUUCGUGACCGCAAGGUGAUGGAGUACGAGAACAGAAUAAGGGCGUACUCGACACCAGACAAGAUUUUCCGGUACUUUGCCACUCUGAAGGUCAUCAGCGAACACGGAGAUGCCGAGGUCUACAUGACGCCACAGGACUUCAUCCGCUCCAUCACGCCCAAUGAGAAGCAGCCCGAGAACCUUGGCUUGGAUCAAUUCAUUGUAAAGCGCUAUGAUGGCAAGAAAAUAGCCCAAGAAAGAGAGAAGUUUGCAGAUGAGGACAGCAUAUUUUACACACUGGGGGAGUGUGGCCUUAUCUCCUUCUCAGACUACAUUUUCCUCACCACAGUCUUGUCCACUCCCCAGAGGAACUUUGAGAUCGCCUUCAAGAUGUUUGACCUCAAUGGGGAUGGAGAGGUGGAUCUGGAGGAGUUUGAACAGGUGCAGAGUAUAAUCCGCUCUCAGACCAGUAUGGGCAUGAGGCAUCGUGACCGCUCCACCACAGGAAACACUCUGAAGACGGCCGGCUGUAGCUCUGCACUCACCACGUACUUCUUUGGAGAGGAUCUGAAGGGCAAACUCACCAUCGGCAGCUUCCUGGAGUUUCAGAGGAAGCUGCAGCAUGAUGUGCUCAAACUUGAGUUUGAGAGGAAUGACCCAAUGGAUGGGAGAAUCACAGAGCGACAGUUCGGGGGCAUGCUGUUGGCCUACAGUGGAGUCCAGUCUCGUAAACUCAAGUUGAUGCAAAAGGGAUUGAAGAAGAUGUUUAAAGAUGCACAGGGCAUCACAUUUGAGGAGGUGGAGAACUUCUUCACAUUCCUCAAGAACGUAAAUGAUGUGGAUACAGCGCUGAGCUUUUACCACAUGGCAGGAGCCUCCAUUGAUAAAGUGACCAUGAAGCAGGUGGCGCGGACGGUGGCCAAAGUGGAGCUAUCGGAUCAUGUGUGUGACGUAGUGUUUGCUCUGUUUGAUUGUGAUGGUAAGUUAUUACCAGUUACUAGUUAUGAUUCUAAAAAUUUUCCAUUGUGGCUCAAUAAAGAUUGUCUUUGUAAAGUCUUAUUAUGUGAUAUUAACCUAGUAGCUGAGUAAUUAAUACAAAUUUAAUUUGAGAUUCUGUCCUUUCUAAUCACUAGUCAUCAGCUUGAGUCUACGAUAAUUGAGGGGUCUACAGUCAAUCGUGUUGUUUGGAACAGAUUUUAUAGUUUGAAAAUAUAUUUGACAAUUUUUUUGUUAAA